UUUCUCCGGUCGGGCAUCUCUUACGUCAACGUUAAGACACCGGAAGUGUUGCUGGUUGAAUCUCAGCUGGCCAAAACGACAACAGCUGGGAUUGUUUUUCAAUUAUUUGUGCUACUUCCCACUAUGGCGGAGACAGACUUGUACACGGUGUACAAAGGGGUCCCACUGCCCACUCUCAUUCACCCCCCGCACAGUCUGAGGCGCUACGAGACUUUCACUUUUCGACCCGAUGACAUUCUCAUCGUCACUUACCCCAAGUCCGGUACAACUUGGAUGCAGGAGAUCGUGCCCCUCAUCGUGAGCGGAGGAGAUCCUGCUUCAGUGGAGACCCUCCAUAACUGGGACCGUGUUCCUUGGCUGGAGGAGGCUCGUAGUUGCAGUCUCAAUCUUGAUGACAGGCCUUCUCCACGCAUGUUUACCACACAUUUCCACCACAAUAUGAUGCCACCAUCUUUCUUUGAAGUUAGGCCGAAGGUCAUCUAUGUCAUGAGAAACCCCAAAGAUGUCUUUACUUCAACCUUCCAUUAUCAUGGGAUGGCUUCCUUCCUGGUUGACCCUGGGCCACAGAGCGAGUUUCUUCAUAAGUUCCUGAAAGGAGAAGUUAUGUUUGGCUCGUGGUUUGAGCACAUUAAGAGCUGGCUGAAUGACAAAGAGCGAAUAUUCUACAUCUCCUAUGAAGAGAUGACAAAGGAUCUGAAGGACUCUGUGGCUAGAAUUGCUCAGUUCUUGGAGAAAUCUCUGGACAAUGACGUGAUCGAGAAGAUUGCAGAACGGUGCAUGUUUGAGAACAUGAAGAAAAACAACAUGUCCAACUACUCUGCAGUUCCCAGGGAAAUCAUGGACAACACAAAGACUGAGUUUCUAAGGAAAGGAAUAGCUGGAGACUGGAAAAACCAACUAACAGCAGCAGAAGCAGGAUACUUUGAUUCUGUGUAUAAAGACAACAUGAAACAUGUUGAUUACAAGUUUGCAUGGGAUUAAAAGCAAGGUACCAUAUUUGUACUGUACAUUAUGUACGUUGCUUUGUUGCU